AAGGAUUAUCUUACUUCCCAAACAGGUAUCUGGAAAAUGGAGAAGACUUUGAACAGAAUUCAUCCAGUUUCUGAUCCAGAAGCAACGUAUUUCCUACAAGUGUCAUGGGAAAAAGAUUUAGGUGCUGGCUUUGGUAUAACACUAACUGAUGGUCAAUGUGCAUGGACUGGGGCAGUGUCCGAAGCUGAAAUUUCUAGGGAGGCUGCGGACAUGGAAAUGAACAGAGAAAAGUAUGUUGAAGAACUGAAGAAAGCAUUGAUAGCUGGAGAAGAAUCAGUUGGCAGAUACAACUUUGCUGUUUCAAGGGAUGAUGAAAAUACGGAGUGUCACUUCUCCUAUGAAAGAAAUCUGAAGGAUGGCUCUUUCAGACUUGGAUCUCUGAAGCUACAGAAAGUUUUGAGUCCAGCAGAGGUGGUUAAGGAGCUCAUUGGCUGCUGUCUGGACUGCCUGGGAAGACUGCAGGCAAAAAAUGAGCAUCUGCAAAAGGAGAAUGAAAGGCUUCUCAGCUGCUGGAGUGAUGCAGAGAAGCGGCUAGAAAAAUGUGUGGUGGCUAAAGAAGAGCUAGAGGCAGAUCUUUAUAACCGUUUUAUUUUGGUGCUGAAUGAAAAGAAGGAAAAGAUAAGAAACUUACAGAAGUUGUUGAAUGAAGCUAAAGAAUCUGCAGCAGCUGCCAAAUAUACAAGGGGUACUACAGCUACUACUCAGAUGGUUACAGGGGGAGAAAAUGAAUAUGAUGGCAGCACUGACGAGGAAAGUGAAAAUUUAACACAGCCCUCAUUACCACCAGUGCCAGAACGAAGGGAUUCCCUUCUGGGUAGCCCAGAUGUCAUUGAUACUGCUCCAAGAAGAAAGCAAAGACAAAGGACAGCUAAGCCUGAUAGGACAGGAUCUAAGAUGGCUUCUCACCAGACAGAACUGUCAGCCAAGGAAAAACCUGUUCUGGCCUCACAGAAGACAUUGGAGAAGCAUUCCCUGGAUACCAUGUCUCUUGAAACACUGGAAAACACUUGUGAGCCAGAGGAUCUAUUUGAUGACAUAUAGCUAUGUGCUAGAUGAGAAACUGGGAGACUGCUGCUUCUGAUAGAGAUAAGCUGUAAAACUAAAAGGAUUUGUUAUAGCCACUGAGCCAAAAUCUUUACUCUGAGGUGGUAUUCAAUGACAUAUUGCUCUAAUUCUCUUGUGUGGCACUUUUCCCCAUUCUUCACUAUGCUAUUGUAGACCCUUGGUCUGCUAAACUUGAUUUGUGAUGGUCUGGAAAUAUGUUUAGCCUCUGUGUAGAUCUUUUAUCAUGUGUAUGCAGGGAUAGGGAGCUCCAUUUUUACUUCCUAACAGUCUCUGGCUGCUGAUUGUAUAUAGGAUCAAAUGGUUUCAAGGUGUCCCUAGAGAAUGUCAGAUGUAAACAAGAUGAAGGCUAUCACUGUCCUUACCUAAUACACUGCCCCUUUCUUGAGAAUCUCAGCACAGAUGUAGUCUAGCUAAAUCAUCUUCAACUUUGACUGAGAUAUAGCUUCCUAAACUGUGAGUUAGAAUACCUUCUGUCUUGAAGUAUCCAAAGAAAUGUCCUUUCACUUUUUACUUGGAUGUUCUCUGCCGCGUUAUGCGUUGUAAGAUAUUCUUGCCUUUCACAGUAAAGUGCAUAUAAAGUCAAUAUUGACUGUGUUUCAACCUUCUGUAGAAACCCAGAAAUAGAAAGCCUUUGCAAUGGUAAUUUUUGGUCUUUCAUUAUUUUUCUUGAAGUCAUUUCUAAAAAAAUAAAAUGCAUUCUAAAAA